AUGACGCCAAAUAGUAGUCGCUAUUGGCACAAGCUGGUGCAAGUGACUACCGUGGCCGAUGCUCUGCCGUCGGUGUUUCAAGCGGUCGUCACAUCGGGCAAGUAUUCCGGCUUGGCCGUGUUGGCGGUCUACUUGGUGGUGGUGCUAGUACUGGUGGGACCCUUUUGGUUGUUGUCGUUUCUAGUAACGGAAUGGGGCGUCUAUGCGGUGAUUGUGGCUUCCAUCUUUUAUUUGGGCAGAGCCAUUAUUCGCAUGAUUGCCUUUCCCGGUGCGUCUUCCAAAGUCACGGCCGAAGUAGAAUCAGAGUUUGCCAAGUACAGUGUCCGCAUGUUGGUCGCCAGUGCCAAUUGUCUAAGAGAGCUCUCGUCGGCCAUUCAUCAAUCCAGUCUCGAUGGAUCGGGCGGUCCUAGUAGUAGUAGUAGUACUCUCUCCAACUACGAAUUGGCGCCGCUGUGGAAACGAACCCUGUCUUAUCGAGAUCGAGCUCUGGGAGUGUAUUUGGAAGUACUCCUGUUUGUCUAUGAACAACAGCAGCAAACAUCGCCACCAUCUUCUCAGAAUAAUCAAGUACGAACCAGAUUUGGAACCAAUCGAAUUCAAGGAGACAUUGGAAAUUUCAGUGGAAUCACGCCCCAAGCCAGAGAAGAUGGCCGCGAAUUGCUGCGUCUUUUGCAGAAAAUCAUGCAACAACUCGAUCAACUGGAACAACGAGCCGGUUCUGUGUUUCACAAUACCAACAAUCCAUACGGCAGUUCCUCUAACACGCGUCCCACGUUUUCACCGGAAGCACAAGAAACGGCGUCUUUAUUGCUAGCAUCCGCCAAUGAAUUGCGCGAUUUUGUGUCGGCGUUGAAACCACCGGGAGAUGAAGGCGGAGAUGCCAAUUCCACAGCGUCACCGACGGCACAACAGCAACAACAAUUGCAACAGCAAGAACAGGGUGGUGCCAUGGAUGCCAUCAAGGGAGGAUUGUCGUCCAUUCUACCCAUGCUCGAUCCACCUCUCCACACGUCCAUAUUUGGAAUGGAUGUACUACGAGGGACAGUGUUGUCACGGUACGUGGGAGCACGACAAUUGUGGGUCCCACGUCAAGACGGUGGCAUGCUGGAUGUCUUGUAUAUUCCAGGAACAGCAGCACAACAAUCUUCACCUCAACAAAAUAUCGUCCAACAACAACCCCGCAAAGCCGUCAUGUAUUGCAAUCCCAAUGCCGGUCUCUACGAAGUCGCCACUGGAAUGAGUUUGGCGGGUGGCAAUAUUGGAGAUCCACCCCAAGCGGGGGAUGAUACGGCUGCCACGGCCGCCUGUUGGACUGACUUUUAUACGGAACUGGGAUAUGACAUGUACUUGUUCAAUUAUGCUGGAUUUGGACGCAGUUUUGGAACGUCCAUGUGUGCUAGCAGCAGUCAACCGAAUAAUCUUGUGGAACCGCCACAAGCCGGAGCUGCUGCAGUGAUUCACAGAGUGAUUCGAAUCUUCAAGGGAUUGUUCUUGACGUUCAAGCCAACACCCGACACAUUGCGCGCCGAUGGAGUGGCAUUGGCCAGUUACAUUGCUCGUGACCAAUCCGUGGCAUCCUUGGUGAUUCAUGGAGAGAGCAUUGGAGGAGUUGCAGCCUCGCGAUCGGCACAAACCUUGUCCACCGUGCCCAUAAUGCGCGAAAAACUCCAAUUGUUAGUCUGCGAUCGUACGUUCUGCAACCUCGAAGCGGUGGCACAACGACUGGUUGGGAAUUGGUCGGGAUAUGCCAUUCGAAUGUUGGCCCCGCUGUGGAAUACCGACGUGGCGGGAGAUUUCCUCGCGGCAUCGUGUCACAAGGUAGUAGCCAAUGACUUUGCCGAUGCCAUUAUAGCAGAUGGGUCUUCGCUCAAGACUGGAGUAGCAUUGUGGAGGGAGAUUAAACGUGGCAUGUCAACGACUCGAGGCAUUGGUUGGGUGACGGAAACACCGGUCGAAUAUCGAAUGGCAGAUUGGGAAAAUGUCUCGGUGGUUGGAUCCCACUAUGUUGCUGCAGGUCAUGUCAACCGAUGCGCUCCAGUAUGGCCGCAAGACAAACACAUCACAUUGGCGGAAGCCUUUCAUUUUGCGGCAUGCACCAAGAGGAUCGGGAGGGUUGCCAAACAGAGUGGUCGUCGUCGUUCCUCUCAAUCCGAAGAAAUGGAGUUGGGAGGUGGCGGUCCUGUGACGAAUCCAAUUCAAUCUGCUUGGGAAGCGCUGAGUUGCUGCGAUGGUCUGUGCGGGGCGCCACUCGGUGCUGCUGUCAAGAUUGGGUUUGAUGAAACUCUAGCGUGGCUGUGUUGUUUACUAACCUACGGUGGGCAAAUUGUCGUGGACAAUGCAGAACGUCGACUCGCGGCAACCAUGCCAUCGGCUACUGAUCGUCCUCCCGUAGUCGUGCCAUCGGACUUUGAUCAGCGCCCGGAAGGGUACACCAGCCAAGAAUCGGCGAAACUGAUGCACCCCAAACCAGUGCCCGAAGUUUUGGAGAGUAUCAAGGGUUUGAUUGCCAGCAACAAAGAUGCAUUUCUGACCGUUCAACACGAGAUGGAUUUCGUAGUGGGGAUGCUGGAGUACAUUGUUGCAAGGCUCUCUUCGGCACCGAAUGUAGAGACUUCUUGGCGUUGCAAACAUGGAGUUCAGGACGAGACAGCCGUCGGAAUGUUCCUCAAUUUGCACUGUGGCCACAACAGUGCAUUUUCAAAGCCAGAGCAAGACCAGCUGAAAGCCAUCCUAACGAAAGCGGCGGGUACGUGA